UAUCAACAUCCGGUGUUGGCUGCAAUCUACAUAGCACCCUUUCGUAGUCUCCUGGAUCACUCGUCUACUUCAUUUGCCUCAAGUUACCGUUGUCAAUCGUCAUGGUCUUUGCACUUCCAGCCUCCCUUGCCGGCGGUCUCACUGAUCGCGAGGCCAUUGCCGAUGCGCUUUACCGUGCGGUCCUCGCAUUCGACCAUGCCGAUGAGGCACUACUGCUCUCGGCUAUAACCCCUGAUAUCUCAGCCCAGAUGCCCGGAUCAUCUGCCAAGGGCGUCGUGGAAUUUAAAGCCGCGGUUUUUGAUCGCGUUUCGAAACUAGAUACCACCCACUUCCUAAGCAACGUCCGCGUCUCUAUUCAGAGCUCCGCUACAGCUCAAGCUUCGUGUUCGGCUUUGGCUCAACACGUUCGUCCUGGCAAGGGUUUUGAGCCCGGCCCCAACAAGUUCACCUCUGGCGGGAUGUACCUGUGCGAUUUGGUCAAGGUGGGAGAGCUAUGGAAGAUCAACAACUGGAGUGCCAACAUUACCUGGGUGGAAGGCGACCCGAGCGUCAUGGCCGGACAAUGAUCAGAUUUCAAGGGUUAGGGCGUUUAAUCGCUCUGAGGCAUAGUAGACAUAAAAUCCUUGUGCUCAUAGCAACAUAUUCUACAGUGGUACGGAGGUGAAAUCCUCCGUUGAUGAAUUGCCCAAGGAGCUACCAGAACUAUACGUUUUAACUUCUAGGCUAAGUGUGUACCAGCCUUGAAAGAACUAGCAUCUGGCAAUCUGCA